GUCCGAAAACAACAAAAUGUAAAUGUACGCCCCCCUCGGGCUUUAUACUUCCUCACACUGAAGAGCCCGCUGAGGAAGCUAUGUAUAAAAGUUUUGCAGGAAGAGUCAUUCGAAUAUUUAAUUCUUAUUACUAUAUUUGCUAAUUGUGCUGCACUUGCUGUAUAUACACCAUAUCCAAAAUCAGAUACCAACGAAAUAAACAUGACUCUGGAACAUGUAGAGUAUGUAUUUUUAGUGAUAUUUACCUUUGAGGCAAUUCUAAAAAUUAUAGCCUAUGGUUUUGUGUUACAUUCAGGCGCCUAUCUACGGAAUGGUUGGAAUAUUUUAGAUUUUAUAAUUGUUGUUAUAGGUGUAAUUAGUAUUAUAUUAACUUCUGUAAAUAAUAAAGGUUUUGAUGUUAAGGCUCUAAGAGCAUUUAGAGUAUUAAGACCAUUACGGCUUGUAUCCAGAGCACCAAGUUUACAAGUUGUAUUAAACUCUAUAUUACGAGCAAUGGUGCCUUUAUUACACAUAGCACUUCUGGUUAUAUUUGUUAUCAUUAUAUAUGCUAUUAUUGGAUUGGAGCUGUUCUCAGGAAAAAUGCAUAAAACCUGUUUUUACAAAAAUCCAAAAACUAUAGCCUUUGAAGAACCUCAUCCGUGUGGACGUGGGUUUCUGUGUGAUGAUGCAGUACCAGGUUCAGUGUGUGAUGAAUAUUGGGAAGGGCCUAACUUUGGUAUUACCAACUUUGAUAAUUUUGGUUUGGCUAUGUUAACUGUCUUUCAAUGUAUUACUAUGGAAGGAUGGACUGAUGUACUUUAUGAUGUAAAUGAUGCUGUAGGAAAUGAAUGGCCAUGGAUUUAUUUUAUUAGUCUCAUUAUUAUUGGUUCUUUUUUUGUACUCAAUCUUGUUCUUGGUGUGUUGAGUGGAGAGUUUUCUAAAGAAAGAGAAAAAGCUAAAGCUCGUGGAGAUUUUCAAAAAUUACGCGAAAAACAACAAUUGGAAGAAGAUCUUCGUGGUUAUUUAGAUUGGAUAACGCAAGCGGAUGAUAUUGAUCCAGAAUGUGACGAAGAAGGUGAAGAGGUUAUAGCUACACCUAGACAUAGUAAGUAUCAGAUAUAUAUAUAUCUUGAAGAUGUAACAGAUAAAUUAGAAGAAAUAGAUGCUAGUGAAUUAACACCAUCAUGGUUUCAACAAAAAAGAUUUUUAUUUGAAAAAUGGAAUAGAAGAUGUCGAAGGUUCAGUCGUAAAAUUGUGAAAUCCCAGGCUUUUUAUUGGAUAGUUAUUGUGUUAGUGUUUUUAAAUACAUGUGUAUUAACUUCAGAACAUUAUAGACAACCAGAAUGGCUGGAUAGCUUUCAAAGUAUCGCUAACCUGUUUUUUGUUGUUUUAUUUACAUUUGAAAUGCUGUUAAAGAUGUACAGUUUAGGCUUCCAGGGCUAUUUUGUAUCUUUAUUUAAUCGAUUUGACAGUUUUGUUGUAUUGUGUAGUAUAUUAGAAGUCAUAUUUAUCUAUACAGAAGUUAUGCCACCUCUUGGUGUCAGUGUACUCAGAUGUGCCAGAUUAUUACGUGUCUUCAAAGCAACAAGAUAUUGGUCAUCUUUACGAAAUCUGGUUGCUUCCUUGUUAAACAGUAUGCGUUCUAUUGCCAGUUUGUUAUUACUACUCUUUCUAUUUAUUGUAAUAUGUGCCUUAUUGGGGAUGCAGUUAUUUGGUGGGCGAUUUAAUUUUGACGAUACCCAGAUGAAACCUAGGAGUAAUUUUGAUGAGUUUUGGCAAGCAUUGCUAACAGUCUUUCAGAUAUUAACUGGUGAAGAUUGGAAUGUAGUAAUGUAUGAUGGUAUCAGAGCCUAUGGUGGUGUUGGUGGAUUUGGUGUUGUUGUUUGUUUAUAUUUUGUCGUUCUCUUUAUUUGUGGAAAUUAUAUUUUACUGAAUGUCUUCUUGGCUAUUGCUGUUGAUAAUUUAGCUGAUGCUCAAAGUUUAACUGAGAUAGAAGAAGAAAAAGCGGAAGAGAAAGAAAGAACAAGAUCAGUAAGAAGAUCAAAAAGUGUCAGUCCUGUUAAAGAUAUACCUGAGGUAGAUGAAGGUGUUGAUGUUAAUGGUAAUGAUAAUUUAGAUGAAGAAAAAGCGUUGAGCAGGAAUCCAAGCAACAGAAGUCGGAGAAGUAGAAGAGAAAGUGCUGAUCAUCAUGUUCGUAUUAAACUAUAUGAUGAUGAUACAGAUUCAACUGAUUAUCGCACCAAUAAAAAGAUGCCUAUUCAAGAAGAUACAGAUGAUGAAGAGAAUGAUGAAGAAACAUCUGAUUCAUCAGAAACAUCUGAUGAUGAGAAUGAUGAAGAAGAUGAAGAUGCACAAACCACUUCAACCCAGAUGAGACCACGUAGAAUGUCAGAGAUACAUAUAUCUGAUAAAAUUAAACCAAUACCAAAUGCCAGUUCCCUUUUCAUCUUUGCUCCAAAUAAUAAAUUCCGAAUAAUGUGCCACAAGAUUUGUAAUCAUUCAUAUUUUCGUAAUGUAGUCUUAGUUUGUAUUCUGAUCAGUAGUGCUAUGUUGGCUGCAGAAGAUCCACUUCAAUCCAAAUCACCACGAAACACUAUUUUAAACCAUUUUGAUUAUUUUUUCACUACUGUUUUUACCAUAGAAAUUAUCAUUAAAAUUAUAACAGAUGGAUUAGUGUUACAUGAAGAGUCAUUUUGUCGAAGUUUCUUCAACAUUUUAGAUUUAUUAGUUGUUGCUGUGUCUUUAAUUUCAUUUCCACUCGAUCAUGAUGCUAUCUCGGUUGUGAAAAUUCUUCGUGUUUUGAGAGUAUUACGUCCACUACGUGCCAUAAACAGAGCUAAAGGAUUAAAACAUGUUGUACAGUGUGUUAUUGUGGCAGUUAAAACUAUCUAUAAUAUUAUGUUAGUGACAUUCCUGCUCAAGUUUAUGUUUGCUGUUAUUGGUGUACAGUUAUUUAAGGGGAAGUUCUAUAGUUGUACAGAUCCUUCAAAAUUAACAGAACUAGACUGUCAAGGGUACUAUGUCGAGUUUCAAGAUGGAGAUUUCAGAAAACCAAUAAAAAAAGAGAGAGAGUGGGAAGAAAAUGCCUUUAAUUUUGAUGAUGUUUCUCAAGCUAUGCUCACUUUAUUUACUGUUGCCACAUUUGAAGGGUGGCCAAUGUUAUUAUAUAAAUCUAUAGAUUCUAAUGAAGAGGGAAUGGGACCUAUACAUAACUACAGACCUGUGGUAGCCAUCUUCUAUUUUGUCUUUAUUAUUGUUAUUGCCUUCUUUAUGGUGAAUAUCUUCGUUGGUUUUGUUAUUGUCACGUUUCAAAAUGAAGGAGAACAGGAGUACAAAAACUGUGAACUUGAUAAAAACCAGCGAAAAUGCAUAGAAUUUGCAUUAAAAGUGAAACCAAGUCGAAGAUAUAUACCUAAAGCUCGAAUACAAUAUAAAAUUUGGUGGUUUGUUACGUCUCAGGCAUUUGAAUAUGGUAUUUUUAUUUUAAUUAUGAUCAACACCAUCGCACUAGCCAUGAAGUAUGAUGAUCAAAGUAUACCUUAUUCUAAGUCAUUAGACUACCUCAACAUGAUCUUUACUGGAGUCUUUACAGUGGAAUUUUUACUCAAAUUAGCAGCCUUCAGAUUCAAGAAUUAUUUUGGUGAUGCGUGGAAUGUCUUCGAUUUUAUAAUUGUACUUGGUAGUUUUAUAGAUAUUAUUUAUACUGAAGUCAAUGAUGGUCAAACUAUUAUUAGUAUUAAUUUUUUCCGUCUGUUCCGAGUUAUGAGAUUAGUGAAACUACUGAGUAGAGGAGAGGGCAUUCGCACCUUGUUGUGGACAUUUAUUAAAUCAUUUCAGGCUCUUCCAUAUGUUGCAUUAUUAAUUGUAAUGCUCUUCUUCAUCUAUGCAGUUAUUGGAAUGCAGAUAUUUGGUAAAAUUAGAUUGGAUGAUGAUACACAAAUUCAUCGAAACAACAAUUUUCAAACCUUUAUUCACGCAUUAUUAGUAUUAUUUAGGUCAGCGACUGGUGAAGCAUGGCAAGAUAUUAUGUUGUCUUGUACCAACAGUGAGGGUGUUUUGUGUGAUCCUAGAGCUGAUUCCCAUUCUAUCAAUGGUACCAACACGGAAUCAUGUGGCUCUGACUUUGCUUAUAUAUAUUUUAUAUCCUUCUAUGUGUUAUGUUCUUUCUUGAUUAUUAAUCUAUUUGUUGCUGUUAUUAUGGAUAAUUUUGAUUAUUUAACAAGAGAUUGGUCUAUAUUAGGUCCACACCAUCUAGAUGAGUUUGUGCGUUUUUGGUCAGAGUAUGAUCCUGAAGCAAAAGGUCGUAUCAAACAUUUAGAUGUUGUAACUCUACUUAGAAAAAUAUCCCCGCCUUUGGGUUUCGGAAAACUUUGUCCUCACAGAGUUGCCUGCAAGAGAUUAGUGUCCAUGAAUAUGCCAUUAAAUAGUGACGGCACAGUGACGUUCAAUGCAACAUUGUUUGCCUUGGUACGUACAUCAUUAAAAAUCAAAACAGAAGGGAACAUAGAUCAAGCUAAUGAAGAAUUGAGAGCUGUAAUUAAAAAGAUAUGGAAAAAAACCAGCCCCAAACUUCUAGAUCAAGUAGUUCCUCCUGCAGGUGAUGAUGAUGUCACUGUGGGCAAAUUCUAUGCAACAUUUCUUAUACAAGAUUAUUUCCGCCGCUUUAAAAAAAGAAAAGAACAGAUACAGAAAAUACAGAAAGGUCAAGAACAUGCUAAAGCUUUACAGGCUGGUUUACGAGCAGUACAUGAUCUAGGACCAGAAAUAAGAAGAGCUAUAUCUGGUAAUCUUGAUGAAGAAGAAUUCCAGGAGAAAGAAGUUGAAGAACCUAUGCAUAGGAGAAAUCACACUCUAUUUGGUAGUGUAGUGAAUGCCAUAACCAGUAGCAGUAAAACCAUUCUUCCCUUUUUAACACGAACACAAUCUCUGUAUGUAAAUUCAACACAACCACAAGACAAACCUACACCCAGUGAAUCAUGGAAUGCCAAUACCACAGUUCCGCCAAAAAAUGUUGCCAAUAAAACAGUAAAUGGAAAACCAGGAACCAAUGCUGUCAAUCAUAUAAUUAGUGCUGAUCAUCCCUACUCUAACCACGUUCCAUCCCAUAAUAUUAAACCAGUAUCAUUAUUCUCAUGUAUAAAUUUGACUACCCAUGUAUCAUAUUAUGUAUAUUCUAGUUCCCAUGUAUCAUCAGAAGAGGAAGAAGAAGUAGAAGAGUCUGAAAUAGAAGAUAAUCAAACGGAAGUUCCUGAUUCUGAUUUAGAUACAGUAAUCAGUCAAUCUACAAGUGAACAACAAGUAACAGAUCAUAACAUACCCCCUACAACUUUAUAUGAUAAGAGACAUGGUAUCUAUGUCUAUAGAGAUCUUCCACAAGAGGACAGUGAUUAUGAAAGAGAGCAAAGUCCACCAACACCUCCCCCUCCCAGGAAAUUAAGUCGUAAAGGUGCUUCAUUUAGAUUAGCCUGUAUAGGAAAACAAGAAAGCGAUGAGAAUCCAUUGAUGAGGAAAGUUGCUGAGCCUUUGAGAUUAACUCAAUCACAGGCAAUGGCUGUAGCUAGAAUGAAUGCCGAUGGUAAACAAAGACCAGAAUCCAAUCAUCCUAAUGCUGUUCGUAUACCUCACAACUCUCCUGGUACAAUGAGACGUAUGCAAACAGUGAAUAAAAAAGAUCCACCAAACAAUCGUCUUGAUGCCUACAAUAUGGAUGAUGAAGGUCCAUUGUAUAGAAGUUUAGACAGAGGUCCUUUAACUAUUCCACAUCAUGUAUUGUCUCAAUAUCAAAGAGCACAACAAAGAAGAAGUAGUGCUGAAAGUCUUGUGCAAAAAGUAUUAAAGAAAGAAGGAUUAAACAGAUAUGUUGAUCCUAGAAUUUUACAACAAGAAAUAGCGGAGGCCACUGAUAUGACACCUGAUGAAAUGGACCAAGCCGCUCGUGAAUUAAUACGUCAUAAACGG